AUGUACAUUGUUACGCUGAACGGUACUCUACUGAACGGUACUCUGCUGAACGGUACCCUGCUGAACGGUACUCUGAUGAACGGUACUCUGAUGAACGGUACUCUGCUGAACGGUACUCUGAUGAACGGUACUCUGAUGAACGGUACUCUGAUGAACGGUACUCUGAUGAACGGUACUCUGCUGAACGGUACUCUGCUGAACGGUACCCUGCUGAACGGUACUCUGAUGAACGGUACUCUGCUGAACGGUACUCUGAUGAACGGUACUCUGCUGAACGGUACUCUGCUGAACGGUACUCUGCUGAACGGUACUCUGCUGAACGGUACUCUGAUGAACGGUACUCUGAUGAACGGUACUCUGAUGAACGGUACUCUGAUGAACGGUACUCUGCUGAACGGUACUCCGAUGAACGGUACUCUGCUGAACGGUACUCUGCUGAACGGUACUCUACUGAACGGUACUCUGCUGAACGGUACUCUACUGAACGGUGCUCUACUGAACGGUACUCUGAUGAACGGUACUCUGAUGAACGGUACUCUGAUGAACGGUGCUCUACUGAACGGUGCUCUGAUGAACGGUACUCUGAUGAACGGUACUCUACUGAACGGUGCUCUACUGAACGGUACUCUACUGAACGGUGCUCUACUGAACGGUACUCUACUGAACGGUACUCUACUGAACGGUGCUCUGCUGAACGGUACUCUGAUGAACGGUACUCUGAUGAACGGUACUCUACUGAACGGUACUCUACUGAACGGUACUCUGCUGAACGGUACUCUGCUGAACGGUGCUCUGAUGAACGGUACUCUGAUGAACGGUACUCUGAUGAACGUAUUUCUCUACUAG